CUCUGAGUUCCGUCCCUGUGUUCUCGGGGCUACCCAGAGAAAUCCUGUCUUGAAAAACUGAAUACAAAUAAAUAAAUAAAUUUAUAUUUGGUCAAGUGUGGGGAUACAUAUCUAUAAUCCCAGCACUCAGGGCAUGCCGGCACCAGGAUCAGGCAUUUAUGACCCGCCUGAUCCCUAUGUGGGGAUAAAUAAACUUUGGUGUCGGAUAAACAACGCUGAGGGUUUUGUUUGUUUGGUGGCCUGUUUUUUGAGACAUGGCCUCAUUACAAGGCUCCCUGACUGGCCUGGACCUGAUUUGUGUAGACUAGGCUGGUCUGGGACCCAGAACUCUGCGUCACAAGAGCUGGGAUUAAAGGCAUGGGCCACUUACGGGGAAAAUAGCCUACUAGUGAAAAUGAGUAAUUGAUAGAUAUUAACAUUACUGAUGAAAGGUAUCUCUCUUCACACACACACUGGAAAAGUCAAGCAUUUGAAGAGUAUUAGCAGGGAGAGGUGGUGGGCAGAACACAGCGGAUGGUUUGCUGUGUCACACUUGGUGGGGCCCUGCCCCUCUGAAGGCCCCUUUGGUGAGUCGUUAGACCUUGAGAUAUCGCUGUCUGCGAGAGAAUCAGCUUGGCUGAGGACGCGAAGCUGGGAGGGAAGGGGGCCUGGGAGGCUGCAGGCUCUCCGUGCUCCAUCUCUCCUUUGGACUCUGGCCAGCUCUACCACCCACUCCCAGCGGGAGUCCUCCCUGUCCUCCAGGCCGAGACUCUAGCUCAGGAUAUAAGCUGCGGCUAAGUCCUGGAGAAGACAGAGGGCCUUAGGCACACAUUCUGGGGGGAGAAGCCUGGAGCGAGGCCCUGCAGAGAGGGCCACAUGGACUGGGACCCAGACAGGUCGAGUACAGAGCUGCGGAAGGAGAAGUCGCGGGACGCGGCGCGCAGCCGGCGCAGCCAGGAGACCGAGGUGCUGUACCAGCUGGCGCACACGCUGCCCUUCGCGCGCGGCGUCAGCGCGCACCUGGACAAGGCCUCCAUCAUGCGCCUCACCAUCAGCUACCUGCGCAUGCACCGCCUCUGCGCCGCAGGGGAGUGGAACCAGGUGGGAACUGAGGGAGAGCAACUGGACGCCUGCUACCUGAAGGCCCUCGAGGGUUUCGUCAUGGUGCUCACCGCUGAGGGAGACAUGGCUUACCUGUCGGAAAAUGUCAGCAAGCACCUGGGCCUCAGUCAGCUGGAGCUCAUCGGACACAGUAUCUUUGAUUUCAUCCAUCCCUGCGACCAAGAGGAACUCCAGGAUGCCUUGACCCCCAGACCAAGCCUGUCCAAGAAGAAGCUGGAAGCCCCUACCGAGCGACACUUCUCCUUGCGCAUGAAGAGCACACUCACCAGCAGGGGGCGCACGCUCAACCUCAAAGCUGCCACCUGGAAGGUGCUGCACUGCUCAGGACAUAUGAGGGCCUACAAGCCCCCUGCACAGAUGUCCCCUGCCGGGAGCCCUCGCCCCGAGCCUCCCUUGCAAUGCCUGGUGCUGAUCUGUGAAGCCAUCCCCCACCCCGCCAGUCUGGAGCCCCCCCUGGGCAGAGGGGCCUUUCUCAGUCGCCACAGCCUGGACAUGAAGUUCACGUACUGCGAUGAGAGGAUCGCAGAAGUUGCUGGCUACAGUCCCGAUGACCUGAUUGGCUGCUCUGCCUACGAAUAUAUCCACGCGUUGGACUCUGAUGCAGUCAGCAGGAGCAUCCACACUUUGCUGAGCAAGGGCCAGGCAGUAACGGGGCAGUAUCGCUUCCUGGCCCGGACCGGCGGCUAUCUGUGGACUCAGACUCAGGCUACAGUGGUGUCAGGGGGACGGGGCCCCCAAUCUGAAAGUAUCAUCUGCGUCCACUUCCUGAUCAGCCGGGUAGAAGAGACGGGCGUGGUGCUGUCCCUGGAGCAGACAGAGCAACACACCCGCAGACCUCCUCAGCGGGGUGCCUCCUCACAGAAGGGUAUCCCUGGCAACGCUCCAGACCCUCCUGCUCCCCGGAUCCUGGCCUUCCUUCACCCUCCGGCCCUGAGUGAGGCCUCCCUGGCUGCUGACCCUCGCCGUUUCUGUAGUCCAGACCUGCGCCGCCUCAUGGCACCCAUCUUGGAUGGACCUCUCGUAGUCACCACCCCUAGCACCCCACAAACUGCACGGAGACCCCAAAGUCCUCUUCCGGCUGAUCUCCCAGAUCAGUUGCUUGUGGGCUUGGAAAAAGCACACAGACUCUCUACUGCCCGGAAAAACAAGACUGUGGAGACAGAUCUAGAUACUGCUCAGGACCCUGACACUCUGGACUUGGAGAUGCUGGCUCCCUAUAUCUCCAUGGAUGAUGACUUCCAGCUCAACUCCAGCGAGCAAUUGCCCAGAGCCCACCGCAGACUUCCUGGGGUGGCCCGCAGGCCUCGCGCUCGGAGUUUCCAUGGCCUGUCGCCCCCCAGCCCUGAGCCCUCCCUGCUGCCCCGAUGGGGGAGUGACCCGAGACUGAACUGUUCCAGCCCCUCCAGGGUGGAGCCCUCUUCAACCUCCCUGAUGCCUGCAACUCGGAAGAGGGCCUUGGCCCAGAGCUCAGAAGACAGAGGGGUGGAGCUGCUGGAAACCAAGCCUCCCAAGCGGUCCCCCAGACUAGAACCUGGAAGCUUCGUGCUACCUCCUCUCAGCCUGAGUUUCCUUCUGCAAGGUCGACAACUCCCAGGGAACCAGCUGAAUCCCCCACUCCUGGAUUCCCGUGAGCCCUUGGGCCCAGCACCCUCGCUGCUCUCUCUCUACCAGCAUGAGGAAGCUGUGCAGCCCAGGAACCACUUCCCAGCAGCAGCAGGCUUGGCCCAGGCCCGCUGAGUCAGCCCUCCUCUCAGCCUCCUUCUUCUACCCCCCAAAGGACUCAGCCACACUCCACACCUACAGCCCACAACCAGGAUGGGGCCUCUCUCCUCUGAGUGCCCCCCAGCUAGCCUCAGUCCUACCUCAGCCCCCCAACCCUCUGCCUUCACCCAGUUGGAGGCUACUUCGGUGCUCUCAGCUCAGUGACCUCUGGGAGGGGUGUGUGUGACCCCCUCCACCUCCUCUCAGGACUUCCUUUGGAGUUCUCCAUAGCUGGUUACCUCACAGCCCCUUCCUCUGACUCUCUUUGCCUUAUUUGGGAGACUGAGGGGUUGGGAAAGUCAGGGAUCUGUCUCUGACCCUGGCCUCAUGGAGCUUGGACAACUGUAAUCACAUUUUUUUCCCCUGUCCCUCUUCUAUCGCUUUACUUUGUCCAUUUCACAACAAGGCCUUCAGUCACUCUGCAUUGCACAGGGUCCACAGAAAUGCAGGUCUUUCCUUCCUUGGGGACAAAUGUGGGUAGACUUUGGGCCAGACCUCACCUCCCAAGCUGCCUCCUCAGUUCUGCUUGCCCUUUCCUGACUUCCUGUGAGCCCCAACCUUGCCUAAAUAAUGACUUCCUUUGCAGUCUUCCAAUUUUAGCCAGCAACUUCCUCCACUCAACAGACCCAGAAUUUUUGACCUUCUCCGUAUCUAAAAUAGUUGACUUAUACCUUUACAGUUUUUAGACCACACAACCUCUGCCCUUCCCUGGUCCUAGGCUAUACUACUUUCUCUCUUUCCUGAUUCUAGACAACAAGACCCAGGGCCUUGUAUGCAGCUCCUGGUCUUUGUUGGUUCUUGAUUGUAUGACCUUGGCACUUUCCUGGUUCUAGAGGCCUGUGGGCUCUCUGGUUCUAGACUUUCUACUUCCUGGUUCUAAAACAUACAAACCAUGGCUUUUCCCUGGCUCUUCAACUCCAUACCUCUCAUCUUCUGUUUCUAGACUAUGAGGACUGUGACGUUCCUUGCCUCUAGACUGCACUACCAGUGGUCUCCUCUGGUUCUAGGCUUAUGACCUCUGGCCUUCCCUUGUUCUAGACACCAUGGUCUCUGGCCUCCAUGGUUCUAAACUGUGUUGUUCCUGCCUUCUUUGGUUCUAGACUGUGCAACCUCUGACCCUCUCUGAGUCUGUACAUGCUCCAGCCUUUUACCUGGUUCUAGACUGCAUGCCUUAUGAACCUGCUGUGGUUCUAGACCAUGCCACUUUUCUGGCCUUUUCUCUGAUUCUAGACCACAGGCUUUGUGGCCUUCUAUGGUUCUAGACCAGUGGUUCUCAACCUUCCUAAUUUUGCAACCCUUUAAUACAGCUCCUCGUGUGUGAUGACUCCCAACCAUAAAAUUAUUUUGUUGCUACUUCAUAACUGUAACUUUGCUUCUAAUAUGAAUCAUAAUAUAAAUAUCUGAUAUGCAAGGUAUCUGAUAUGUAAUGCCCAAAAGGGUUGCAACCUACAGAUUGAGAAUCGCUAUUCUAGAUUAUACAGCCUUUGACCUUCUUUGGUUCUAGGCUAUGCUGCCUUUGGUCUUCAGUGGUUCCAAGCUGUGUGGCCACUAGCCUUCUCUGGCCUUUCCUCGUUCUAGACUGUGCUAUUAUUAACCUACCCCUGGUUCUAGACUCCUUCAUCUCCAGUGGUAUGCUACAGACCUCAGUUUCUUCAAACACAUCUAAGUCCAGAUUUCAUGGUCUCCAGCACUUUCUUGGGCUGGCUCUCAACACCCAAUUCUACUGUUUUAGAGUGGGAUUUGAAUGACACAAUCUAUGAGGUUCUCUGCCUCUAAAGCCUACAACCCCCAGAAUCCUUUGGCUUCAAACCUCAUUCUGUAAUUUGCUCCGGUUCUCACACCCGCUGUUCCCUGUCAUUGCAGACUCUCUGUGUAUAUGGUUCAGAGGAUUAAAGCCAGGGCCUUGUACAUGCUAAGCACAGACUCUACCACUGAGCUAGAUUCCCAGCCCUUUCUUAUUUCUUAUUUUGAGACAGGAUCUUCAUUGAUUGCACAGACUAACCUGGAACUCAACUCUGUAAACCUAGACAGGCCUGAACUCAUGGUCCUCCUGCCUCAUCUUCCCAAGUACCUGGGAAAUACAGUUCGUUGAGACUGCGCCCAGCUGAUCUUAUUAUUGAUUCCCUCUUGUUUCUGGAUCCCACACUCCAGGCUUCCUAUGGUUCCAGUCUUCCUGAUCUGUAAGAUAUUUUGUUUUAAAUACAGACUUCAUUUCUAGAUCAUUUUGGUCCUAAGCCUCAGGAUGUCUAGCAUAUUGCUCUUGAGGUCUCUGCACUCAAGAAUUUAAGAACUGCUUUCCCUCAGUAAGGAGGGGUAAACUGAGUUUGUGUCUUGAGCGUGGAUCUGGCACUUCUGGGGCCAGAUACCAUGUACCCAUUCUCUUGGGUUCUAGAUUUCAUCACUUCCAUUAUACCCAUGUUCUAGACUAUGCAAACUCUAGACCUCACAACUUCCAGCAUCCUCUGUUCUCUCGGAGGUGGAAGCAGGCAGUUCUGUAAGUUCAAAGCCAGCAGGUCUACAGAGCAAAUUCUAAGACAGCCAGAGCUACACAGAGAAACUGUGUCUCAAACAGCAACAACAAAAACUCAUCUUCUGGAUUGUGUUACUGUUUUGAGACAUUGUCUCAUACCCAUUGACCAUGAAAUUGUUAUGUAGUCAAAGAUGACCUUAAACACAUCAUACCCUUUCACCCAUCUCUCAAGCGCUGGGACUACAGGUAUGCUGGUUUUUAUGUGGUGCUGGAAAUUGAACCCAGAGCCUCAUGCAUGCUGGGCAAGUACUCUACAAACUGAGCUACAUCCAGCCUUUGUAAAUGUCUUCUGCUUCUAGAUCUUGUCCCAUGAAUUCCUUUGGUUCUAGACCCCACAAUUUCCAAGUUCCCCUUGCUUCAGAUCUUAUGAUUCAAAGUACCCUGAAUCUAGAACACAGCUUGAAAAUAUCAGCUGAUAUGUCUUGACUUACAUAUUUCUUAUUUCUCUAGUUCCAAACCUUAGAACCUCAACUCCUUCUAAUUCUAGAUUUUAAUCUUAAAAUCCCUGUGGGUUUUAGAACUUAAUUUGGGGGACUUUACUGAGGGUGGUGGUGGCAGGUUCUCUUGUAGACCAGGCUAGCCUCCAAGUCACUAAGUUGCCAAGGGUGACCUUGAACUGUGACCCUCUACCCUCCACCUCUCAAAUGCUGGGAUUGCCAGUGUGCACCAGCAUGCUCAUGUUAUGUGAUGCCAGGAAUGAAACCCAACUUUGCACAUGACAAGCCUGCACGCUACCAACUGAGACACACCUGCUGCCCUAGGCUUUUUUCUCAUUCUGUCACUACUUCGUGAAUCACCGGGGUUCUAGGCCUCAUUUCCAAUUGCCUGUGGCUUCUGAUCCUACUUCUUCGAGUUCUAGAGUGCAGCCUCCCGAUGUUUCUUGUUGUAGAAUCUAGAACUCAUCCUAUAGAUUCCCUUGAUCCAAGAUCUUGCACCCCUUUACUCCCUCUGUCCAAAUCUAAUCCUUCUAGCUCCAUGCUAGGCUUUCCAGCCCUCAUUGAACUUGUCUCUUUCCUUAACUUUCAAGUCUCCCCAUCCCAGAUCCUCCUGCUCAUGCACUUCACUCAAGCCCUUCCAGUCUCGGAGCCCUAAAAAUUCUCUAUCCUAGAACCCCUUUCACAAGCUGCCCCAAGACUUCAGGCAUGCACUUAACCUUUACUCCAGGUGAUAGGGACCUGAGGUUCCCUCCCCUUGCUAGAGGAUCCAUAAUCCAGCCGCAGGCACACGCACAGCCCUAUCUGCAUAUCUUCAGGUGGGGAAAGAGGGCAGGACCCCUCCACUGUCUCCUGCCAGCUAUGCAUCUUCCAUCAGCCCAGAUCCCCUUCCACAGUGGUGCUACUGGUGGUCUUCCACAGGAAAAGCUUCCCCUCUCUACUGUAUUCACCCCUCUGGAAAGCACUACUCAAUUUGUCUUGUCAAGAGGUGGCCUGCCCAGGUGCUACCUUGAAUCCCCUCCCCCCUCACGGGUGUUAUGGGCCCUCUGUGAAGGAACUGUCUUGAGCUAGGAGACAGGGAAUGCCAUGGCUCAGCCAUGCUUGGCUCAGAAACCCACAAAAGUCUCCAAAGCCACAGUAAAGACUUCGCCUUGGAAGGCACCAGAGA